UUCUUAGCUCUGGAUGGCCAGGUUCUCAAACUAAAAGGAAUACAACGACCUGAGAAAGCUCUUGUCUUCACAACCACAACAACUGUUUGAAGUUGUUUGUUUCCAAUAAACUUUAAUUUGGGGCACUUAGCUGAUGAGUUCUCCAGUUUGGCAAUACAGCUUUCUUAAAGGCAAUGAGUGGAAGUUCAGCAAGCGGAAAGUUCAGCAAACUUUCCCUUGCACUGCGAAGAUUCUUAGAAUCAGCAAAAAAACCCAAACAACGAUGUGUUUGGGAUCCAGCAGUACCUGUGAGGGUUUUUGAAUGGUCAUGAAAGAGCUGUAAAGAAAAGCUACUCCUUGAUACUUACAGUUGUGCUACUGAAUAAUGCUUAUGCUGUAAGAAUGAAUAUGCGGGGGCAGUAUAAGGAACAAUGGUUGCUAAAAUAUAUAAUUAAUAAAAAAUAAUUACAUAUGUGCUUAAAGAUGCAGAUUAAAAUCAGAGGAAUCCUUUAUGUAUAGUAAUUAGAUAAAUUUAAAAUCACACCUCCUUUGUAGGUAACAGCUGUUUUCUCUGUGCUUGUCGAGUUACAGAUGCUUGGCACUUAAUAUGUGGAAGAGAAUUUACAACACGUGUGUGUAUAUGCAAACACUUUUGGAGAAAAAGGUUUUGAUUGACUGAUUUAUGUUGCCUGAGCAGCAUGAAUGCAAGAAUAGGAAAAUUAGAAGAUUCAUUGUAAGCAUAAGCUUUAUCAACAGUGUUCAUUAACAAGCUCUUAUGAUAUUGUUGCUUCAUAUGGCUGCAUUAUGUUCAAAUACCAAAUCAGGCAACUUUCAGACUUGAGAAUAAGCCCACUAACUUGGAAAUUAAACAGUCAAAAUUAAUUGAUUUAACAGUUAUUAAUAUAGCUGCUUUUAUAUCAGAUACUUUUCGAGAGUGUAGUGGUGAUUAUGUAUUCACAUUUGGAAAUGUGAACUUUCUACUUCAGCAAGAAAUUAAUUCCUAGUAUAUAAUGUGGAAUACUUUUUUUCUUAGUUGCAGACAAGUGCAAGUGAGGUGAACACAGGAGUGGUUAACAGAUUUCUUGUUGACUAUGUGAAUACAGAGUGAGGAGCACAGGGAUGGAGUCUGGCAUGGAGGAGAUCCCGGUUAAAGUUGCAGUUCGAAUCAGACCUUUGCUUUCCAAGGAAGUACUUCAUAACCACCAAGUGUGUGUGAGAUUAGUCCCAAAUACACAACAAAUCAUCAUUGGGAAAGACCGUGUCUUCACUUUUGAUUUUGUAUUUGGCAAAAACUCAACCCAAGAAGAAGUUUAUACUGUUUGCAUUAAGCCUCUUCUAGUGUCUUUGACUGAGGGAUACAAUGCUACAGUGUUUGCAUAUGGACAGACAGGAUCUGGGAAGACUUACACCAUUGGAGGUGGACACAUUGCAUCAGUUUCAGAGGAUGAAAAGGGCAUAAUCCCACGGGCUAUUCAGGAAUUAUUUCAGCAUAUUUCUGAAAACCAUGACAUUGACUUCCAUGUAAAAGUAUCUUAUAUAGAGGUUUACAAGGAAGAACUUCGAGAUUUAUUGGAGUUGGAGACCUCUGUGAAAGAAUUACAUAUCCGAGAAGAUGAAAAGGGAAAUACAGUGAUUGUCGGUGCUAAGGAAUUCCAAGUAGACUGUGCAGAUGAAGUGAUAACCCUGUUGGAAAGUGGCAAUGCAGCUCGUCACACAGGCACAACACAAAUGAAUGAGCACUCUAGUCGAUCUCACGCCAUUUUUACCAUCAGUAUUUGUCAGAAACAGGCUGCAGAGUCUCACAAAAAUACUGAUGCUGCACAGGAUUCAUCUUGGAAAUCAGUCCAGAUGAUUGCUUCAAAGUUUCAUUUUGUGGAUUUGGCAGGAUCAGAGAGGGUGACAAAGACUGGAAAUACUGGUGAACGCUUCAAAGAAUCAAUUCAGAUCAACAGUGGUCUGUUGGCCUUGGGAAAUGUCAUCAGUGCGCUUGGAGACCCAAAAAGGAGAAGUGUACAUAUUCCAUACAGGGAUGCUAAAAUCACUCGCAUUCUGAAAGACUCCCUUGGAGGAAAUGCCAAGACUGUCAUGAUAACAUGUAUAAGUCCAUCCUCAUCAGACUUUGAUGAAUCUUUAAAUUCCCUCAAAUAUGCCAACAGAGCCAAAAACAUUAGAAAUAAACCAGUUGUAAAUUACAACCCUAAUCAAGAUCGGAUUGAUGAAAUGGAACUUGAAAUUAGAUUGCUUCGAGAAGCUUUGCAGAACCGUCAAGUUAGUAAUAAGUGUUCACACAACUUAAAUCAAGAAAGAACUCGUAUCAGUUCACUUGAGGAGCAGCUCACACGGCUUCAGGUUCAGUGUUCCAGUUACAGAAACUGUGUAGAUGAAGCCUUCCCAUUUCUGGUUCAUUUGAAUGAUGAUGUUAGCUUAAAAAGCAGUCAGCGUGACAGGUUGCAGAGCUGGAUCACUAUGGUACAGAAAGUAAGGAAGGAAGCCUUCACUAUGCAGGAAACUGACAUAGGGACUGGGACUAGCCAAGAGCCACAUCACAUCACAAUUCUUCAGCUAAAGAGGGAAUUAAAGAAAUGCCAGCAGGCCCUCGUUAUGGAUGAAGAAGUAUUUAGCCAGAAGGAUCAUGAACUGCAGAUGCUGCAGAAUAAGAUAAAGGCAUUACUACAGGAAAAUGAAGAACAACUGGAAUCUUUAAAGGAGGCUCAAGAAACACAGAGAUUACAGAACGAGAAAAUGGUGGAACAGCAAAUGCUUAUUGGUCAGCUAAAAGAAAAACUAGAGAAAUUUACAGAUGUGAAAACUUUGGACUUCUCAAAUACUUGUGGAGAUGGGCCAUCUGUUCUGGCAUCUGCAAGAAGGCCGUACAGUGUCCCACUCACAAAGAGUCUCCUACACUCCCUUCAUCCACCUUCAGGGACGGAGACCCGAAAGGUGUAUACCAGCCCCCCUGCCUUCUGCUUGGCUCGGGUAAUGGCAGAAUUCCGUGCUCGCAGCCAGAUGAUACUGAGCAACAUAGAAGAUCAGGAUAAAGUCCUUCACUGCCACCUCUCUGAUCAGAGUGAUGAAGAGGAGGAAAAUACAGGCAGCAAAAAGAAAACCUCUUUUAAGCAUUCCAUAAACCGAACAUGGACACGGAAACAAGCUUCUCUGUGCUUUCUUCCUGAUCUAAGUGACAUGACGUGUCAAGUAGACGAGGCUGGUCUAUCCAACAAAUCUGUACUACAAACCGACACAGCCACAGGUGAAGAGAUUGACAGCCUCCAGAAAAGCCAUGUUUUUAACAUGCAGAAGUUAAAGAAUUCAGAGUUGAGACUCACUGAGGCCGAGCAAAAAUUGAGAGAACUUGCCCUUAAUAUCAAAAUGAAAGAGGAACUUAUUAAGGAAUUAGUAAGAACAGGUAAGGAUGCUCAGUCUGUAAGCAGGCAAUAUUCUUUGAAGAUAACUAAACUGGAGCAAGAAUCUGAGCAAGCCAAAAUGGAACUGGCUGAAACACAAAAGCGGCUUCAGGAGCUGGAGACUAAGGAGCUGAGAGACAUUCCUGAUAAAGCCAAGUUACAAAAAGAGUUUAGGAAGAAGAUGGAUGCAGCUAACCUGAAAGUUCAGGCCUUACAGAAGAAGCAGCAAGACACUAAGAAUCUGGCUUCAUUAUCUAACCAAAAUGAGAGACAAGCAACAGAACUUGAGCAGAAUGUGGCUCAGAUGAAGCACCAGCAGACUCAGCUACAGAAGAGACUGUGUGAGGAAAGUGAAAAAAAGAAGCAACUAGAAGCAGAGAUUCAGCGGGACCAGCAACAAAUAAAAGAACUUCAACUAAAGAUGGAGCAACAACAGAAGAUCCUUAAACUUAAGGAUAAAGAGAUUGCUGCAUUUAAAAAGAAGAAAAAUAACUCAGUGGGAACUAUUCAGAAGCUACAGAAAUUAGAAGAGCAAAAGAAAUGGCUGGAUGAAGAAAUGGAAAGAAUUCUCCAACAGCACCAACAGUUAGCAGAACUAGAAGAAGAUUUAAAGAAAAGGGAAGAUAUUGUAGCCAAAAAAGAAGCAUUAUUGCAAGAGAAGAGCCACCUGGAAAUCAAGAAACUGAGAUCUAGCCAGGCUUUAAACAAAGAUAGUAUGAAAUUGUCUACUCGCUUAAGUAUGCUGGAUCAGGAACUGUGUGAUAAAGGUAUGCAGCUUCAGGGCAGCAGCAGUGAAGAUAAGACAGACAUUCUGGAAAAAAUUCAGGCUCUCCAGAUGGAAAGGGAUCAGCUGCUCAGAAGAAGAAAAAGCGUGGAUGAGAAACUGAAAGAUGGUAAAGUGCUGUCAACUGAAGAAGAACAUGUCCUUUUCCAGCUGGAAGAAGGAAUUGAAGCCCUGGAGGCUGCUAUUGAUUACAAGAAUGAAAGUAUUCAGAAUCGCCAGCACUUGCUUAGGUCAUCUUCUCAGAUUCUUUCACAGAGUGAGACUAAUGUCAUAGGAAAACUAGUUUCCCUGUCUGCUGCUGAGCUCAGAGCUAUCCUUUUCAAAUAUUUCAACAAGAUUGUUGGCCUACGUGAGUCUGAACGUAAAUUACAACUACGGAUUGAAGAACAGGAAAUGAAGGUCACAGACCAGGAAAACAUGAUACGUGAAUUAGAAUCUGCACUUGAACAUAUGAAGUUGCAGUGUGACAGGCAGCUGACCCUACAACACAAAGAACAUGAGAAAAAACUACAGUUAAUACUGCAUCAUUUCAGAGAACAAGAUAGUGAAGGCAUUGCAGAAACCUUGAAAGGAUAUGAAGUAAAAGUCCAGCAACUGGAAAAAGACUUAUUUUUCUAUAAGAAAACCAGCCGAGAGCUGAAGAAGAAAGUGAAAGGCCUCUUGGGAGAGUCAUCCCAUCAAUUAUGGGCAUCCACUAAAUAUAUCACUUUAGAUAACAGUGCUGGUGACAAGGCAUCUUGUCAAGACGAAGCAGAAGUUGCUUCUGAAGAACUGAAGUUGACACUUAAGCCUGAAACCAAUAGCCGACCAGAGAAAAUAAAAGAAACAGACAGAACAAGUAUCUUAAGAGCACAGCAGAGUUCAUACAAGCUUGGAGAUGUUUCAGAAUUUGGGUGCAACAAAGAAUGUUUACUGAGCAUUAGUGAUGACAAAACAGGAACAGAUGAAGCUCAGCCUUCAAAAUCUCAUCCUCAGCUACCUUCCAUCAUUCAGAGAAGGGAGACUGUAACACAGUUUCAAGGAGUAACUCCAGUGAAACUAUCUCGUCGAGAACUACGUCAUAUUCCUCCCUCUGAAUUAUCUUUGAAACGCUCAGGCCUUGGAACUGGUGUCAGUUUUAUUGGUCCAGAUUCCACUGAAAUGGACAAAAAGUCUAGUGUCACUAAGACAUAGUUACUCUUAACUGCAUUUUUAGUAGCUGUAGCUAUUGAAGAAACUGUAUUAGAUUUUUUUUGUUCAUGGUCUUAAGUAUCAACCAUAGAUAAAUGAGUAAGUGUUCUUUAGUUCUUAUUGCUCCCUAACAGGUGUUAUGGCCACAGUUUCAGUGAAUCUGAGAUGGAUUUUAAUUAACAUGGUACCUAAGAACUUUCAAAAGCAAAAGGCCUUUUAACAUUGAAGAAGUUAUUUAUUUCGGUUUGUUUUUUUUGCAGUAACCCCAAAAACCAGAAAUGUUUUUCAGAAAACUGUGCACUGUGAAGUGCAUUGCACUUGAAUAACUUAGGUUUCCUAGAACAAUAUUGUACUUGACUUUCUUGGGUCAGAAACAGCAACAGUCAGAAAAUUUAGUUGCCAGACUGUCACCUGGUACUGACAAGGACUGGCUCCUGUAUGCUUUUUAUCUAGAAACAUUUUAUAGGAGCCAUGUUUGUGAUCAAAAUUGGUACCUACAGAUAAUUUUGUUCCUGUAAAGGAACAUAAAAGUACUUUUCUUUCUUUGUCUUUAUGGCUUAUUUAUGAAAUUAAGAGAAUUGCUUAUUUCACUUUCUGGUUUUGUUUGUUGGGCAUUUAAAGAAUUGUACUUAGCAACUCAAAGUGUGGCAUUUAUUUCUAUACUACUAAAACGGAAAACAGGACCAAAUUCAGCAUCAUCUAGGUUAGCCAGACGGAUCAAUAUAUUAUUUGUACUAAUUAGUCAUGUCCUGUCACAAAUUAUUCUGGGUUCUGUAUCGG